AGGCGCACGAAUUUCGAUUUGCAUGAGGGCUGUUCAGAGUACUGUAACUUUGAGCUGAAAAUCAUUCGUGAGUCGGUAGAACUAAAACAAUUUUGUGCUUAGGCUUUGCCAUUCGAAGACUUUACCGGUUGACUGUGUUUCGUCUGAUACAUUUCGAUACAAUCCGCAGUUUAACGACGGGCUAUCUAGCUAGCGUUCAGUGGGAUUUCUGGAAUGGCUCAGGUACCCAAAGUCCGACUGGCUGGUGGCCUUGAAGUAUGCCGUAUUUUGAAUGGUAUGUGGCAGGUUUCAGGAGCACAUGGUCCAGUGGAUCCAGAAAAAGCAGCUCAGGCAAUGGAACCUUAUGUUAAUGCUGGACUUACAACCUUUGACAUGGCUGACAUUUAUGGUCCCGCAGAGGAAAUAUUUGGAAGAUUUUACAGUCAGGCCAAGUCCAGGUCCAGCAGCCCACCCCCAGUGCAGGCCUUGACCAAGUGGGUCCCAAGACCAGGACCGAUGGACCGCAAGGUGGUAGAGAAGGCAAUACAAAGGUCCUUGGAUAGAAUGCAGGUGGAUACACUGGACUGUGUGCAGUUCCACUGGUGGGACUACAACGACAAGAGAUACCUUGAGGCUCUUGGUCACUUAGCUGAUCUGCGGCAGGAGGGCAUCAUACGGGAGUUAUCAUUGACGAACUUUGACACUAAGCGACUGGAGGAGAUUACAGGAAAAGGGAUUUGCAUUUCCAGCAAUCAGGUCCAGUACUCUGUCCUUGACCGCAGGCCAGCUGUCCACAUGGAGCGGUUCUGCCUUGACCACGGCAUUCAACUGCUGACAUACGGCACGCUAGGAGGGGGUCUGCUAACAGAGAAGUAUCUCGGCCGCGCCGAGCCAAAGAGUCGGGCCGAGCUGAACACGGCGUCUCUGGGCAAAUACAAAAACGUGGUGGACACGUGGGGCGGCUGGGGCCUCUUCCAGGAGCUGCUGGCCGUCUUGGACACGGUGGGCAAGGCGCGCGGCGGCUCCGUCGCCAACGUGGCCACGCGCUACAUCCUGGACCGCCCGGCGGUGGGCGGGGUGAUCGUGGGCUGCAGGCUGGGCGUCUCCGGCGCGGCGCACAUCGAGGACACGCUGCGCAGCUGCACGAUGGAGCUGCGGCCAGAGGACGUGAGCGCCAUCGACGGCGUGCUGCAGCGCUCCCGAGACCUCAUGCGCGUCAUCGGAGACUGCGGAGACGAGUACCGCCACUAGGAGGCCGAGCGCGACGACGCAGAGAGGAGGGACAGGAAACUCGCAUGAGCACGCUGUGACUGGCAGGCGUGAUGGGCUAUCUAUCAUCAGCAUUGCUUUACAUUUAUUCAUUUACCAGACACUUUUAUUCAGAGCAACUUAGAAAAUGAGGACAAAUUAAAGAGAAAAGGUGUCUGUGCAGGUUUAGGAAUCAAGCAAAGCCAUUAUAGUUUUAAAUGAUGGGAUGUGUGAAAAGCUUUUAAUGCUGCAAAAAGCUUUUACGCUGUGCCUAAGACUGUGAAGCAAACGUGAAGGGGGGUGGGGCAUGAUGCAAGACUGGUGAAAAAAAUAUUCCGUCACCUGCCAUGAAAUUGAAUUUGAACAGUGGGAAUGAAAUAAAACGCUGCUCAUGUGAUCAUCUAUAAUAACCGUAGUUGGUGAAGAGUGCAUCAGGUCAUCCUUAUGGCGGACAAAAAGUGAAAGCUAAUGACUGUGGCAGAUUGAAGGGGUCAUCAUAACUGACCCAUGAGGUCUCAUUAAUGGGGAUGACCAGCUGGAUGUAUGGCACUGCCAGGAGGACGGUUGGGUAGACUCUCCAGCUGGCUGAAUUGAUUAUGUAUGUGUAUAUGUGGGUAAGGGAAGGUGGGGGUUAAUAAAUGUGUAGCUCUCAGUAGCCAUAGUGACACUUCACUCCUGCCUGAUCUGAGACCAGUGACAGGGCCCACUGGGUGCAGAAGAAAAAGUGAGAGGAUCGACAGACGUCACUUUCUGUGACUUACAGUUUCGGGUUGCACUAUUUAUAUACUGUAGUGCAUAGAAAAUGUGCUAUAUAAAUAAACUCAAGUGUAAGCUUGAGUAAUGGUGCUCUUCAGGGCAUUUGGGUUGCUUUUUUCACCUGGCUGGUUGCAAGAUUCUCUUAAAAAAGGUGGCAAAUAGUAUUCUUUCUAUUGGAAA